AUGACCAGCAACGCACGUUUAGUGCCCGAGAAUUCACCAUCAUCUGAUGAACAUGUCUACAAACAUGUUCCUAGAAGAACAUCGUCAUCAAUGGAUUUAGACCAAACGAUAAAUUCGACGAAUCGUUCAUCAUUACCCUCCAUAGUAACAAUUAAUUCUUCAGAAUCAUCCAAUUUUCCAAACAUGCCAUUAUCUUCAUUGCAAUGUGUUCCUUUGUUAUACCCUUUACUAUGCGAACAACAAGAGAAUAACAUGAUACAACAAAUGCCUACUAGUCUCUUCUGUACAUCUGUAUCAUUACUGAACAAUGAGCGAAGUGAAGCAUUUCUUUUACAUGAAGCAAAAAUUUGGCAAGAUCCACAUUUUGAAGUAUUAUGGCAAAUGCAAGAAACGAUGCCAUCAUUUGCUGAAACAGCUGGUGGGCGUACUACGUUUUUCCGUACGUUACGAAGUGAAUUAAAGUAA